GUGAAUACAGGCCAGCUAACGCAGCCUAUAUAAAGACUACACAAUGCUUGAAACUGCUCAUCUACACAUUCCAUCCUCCCUCCUCCAACCUUCAUACCCUAUCUUUCAUUAUCUAUCCUCCAUCGUCCAUAAUCUACAGCACGCCUCCAUCAAGAGGGACCCCAAACCACCAUAGCAAUGUCGAGAGCCAAUCGCACCACCAUCACCCUGGAUAGUAAAAUCCACGCUGGACUGAACAGCAUCUACCAAGCGGGCAAGCUCACCGACUUUACCAUCCACGUGGAAGACAAGGAGUUCAAGGUCUCCAAGAUCAUUCUCGCCUCGCAGUCCAUGUACUUUCGUCACAUGUUCUUGGGAGACUGGAAGGAAGCACAAACCACAAACGUCAGACUCGUCGACGAAGACCCAACCACCAUCUCCGACAUGCUACAGUACCUGUACAGCGGAAUCUACAAACCCACCAUCCCCGGUACCCCACCCCCACCACCAGCACCCACAGGAAUCACAACUGUAGCAACCACAGCGGCGACCAUCCCGGACACUAGUAGCAGCAGCAGUAUCGAAUGGCAGAAAGCAGCCAUCGCCGCUCACAUUGCGCAGUACACCGCCGGAGACAUGUUCUUCAUCCCACCGCUGCAGCACGCCGCGGAACUGUGGUUCAGCGUGACGCUGGAGAAGGUGUGCGAUAAUACCUUGCUGCUGGAUGUGCUGCAGGAGGUGUACACGAGCUUGCCGGGUCUGCGGGCUGUGACAGCGAGGUGCAUGGCGCGGCAUAUUGAGGCCUUGCUGCAGGAUGAGCGCUUCAAGAAGAUGAUGGUCGAUGUGGAGAAUCUGGCGGUGGAUGUGUGUUCUGCUGUUUUGAGCAAUGGUGCGGCUAUGAGAAUGCGCAUGGAGUGGGAUUGAGAUGUGGUGACAUUGAGAUGUUGGUUUGUGGGGCGGCUGAUGUGAGAUGUUGGUGUGGCUGCCGUGGGUCUGCUAGGACGGCGCAGUGACUUCGUUGUCUUUCACUGGUAUUGGCUUGCUUUCGAUUUUUCUAUUGGGGUUGUUGGAAUGGUCUGGUCUUGAGGAGUGCUGGGAUGGUUUUGGAUAUGGUGAGGUAUGGGUAAAUUGUGUAUUAUUGGAUGUGGUGGGAUUAAGAUUCAUGGUUGUGGCAGAUUGUCC